UUCCCAGCUCCCUAUCUUCUGCAUUCUCUCUCUCUCUCUCUCUCUCUCUCUCUCUCUCUCUCUCUGGCCUCAGUCUCCGUCCUCUUUCCCUCUCGAUCCCCGUCUCUGUCUCCGGCAGUCUGACUGCCAAGGCGGGAACUCCUCCUUCAUGGCCAAGCUGUUGGCGCUCACGGUCCUGGGGCUGGUUCUGGCGUUCUUGGGAGAAAGAUUCAUGGCCUACAGACAACGGAUGAAAGUCUCCUAUCAAGUGCACCCAGUUGAACCUCCCAGCUGCCACCUAAUUCAAGGACUAGAGAAUGGCUCUGAGGACAUCGAUAUCCUGCCCAGUGGACUGGCCUUCAUCAGCACUGGGUUAAAAUUUCCAGGUUUCCACAGUUUUGCACCGGAUAAGCCUGGAGAAAUCUUCCUGAUGGACCUGAAUGAGGAUGAGCCAAAAGCCUGGGCCCUGCCAAUCAGGAAUGGGUUUGAUGUGCAGUCAUUCAGUCCCCAUGGGAUCUGUACCUUUGUUGACAAAGACAAUGCCGUGUACUUGUAUGUGGUGAAUCACCCCCAGAUGAAAUCCACAGUGGAAAUCUUUCGGUUUGAAGGCGAUUCUCUCUUCCACCUGAAAACCAUCACUCAUGAGCUGCUUUCCAGUGUGAAUGACAUCGUGGUUCUAGGACCAGAACAAUUCUAUGCCACCAACGACCACUAUUUCACCAAUCACUUCUUAGGAAAACUGGAGAUAUUCUUGGACUUACACUGGACAAAUGUGAUUUAUUACGGUCCUGGAGAAGUCAAAGAGGUGGCCAAUAGGAUUAGCCUUGCUAAUGGAAUUGCUACUUCUCCAGACAAGAAGUACAUCUAUGUGGCUGCAUCAACCACUCAGAGCAUCCACAUUAUGAAAAGGCAUGACAACUGGAACCUGACUCUAGAGAAGGUUCUUCCUGUGGACUCACUACUUGAUAACUUAUCUGUUGACCCUGACACUGGUGAUGUUUGGGCAGGAUGUGUACCCAGUGGCUUGAAACUGCUGAAUUACGAUCCUGCUGACCCCCCUGGAACAGAGGUGCUUCGCAUCCAGAACAUUCUCUCCCAGAAGCCAAUCGUGACCAUGGUCUAUGCCAACAAUGGCUCCGUCCUCCAGGGAACCUCAGUCGCUGCUGUGUACAAACAAAAAAUGCUGUCUCCAUCCUCUUUCCCUGUCGAUCCCCGUCACAGUCCCUGGCAGUCUGACUGCCAAGGCGGACACUGCUCGGUCAUGGCCAAGUUGUUGAAGCUCACUGUCCUGGGGUUGGUUCUGGCGUUCUUCGGUGAGAGAUUCAUGACCUUAAGACAACGGAUAAAUACGUUCUCCCAUGAAGUGCACCCAGUAGAACCUCCCAGCUGCCACUUAAUUCAAGGAAUAGAGAAUGGCUCCGAAGACAUCGACAUUCUGCCCAGUGGACUGGCCUUCAUCAGCACUGGGUUAAAAUAUCCAGGCUUGCCCAGUUUUGCGCCGGAUAAGCCUGGAGAAAUCUUCCUGAUGGACCUAAAUGAAGAUGAGCCAAAACCCUGGGCCCUGCCAAUCAGGAACGCGUUUGAUGUGCAGUCAUUUAAUCCACAUGGGAUCUGUACCUUCAUUGACAAAGACAAUGCCGUGUACUUGUAUGUGGUGAAUCACCCCCAGAUGAAAUCCACAGUGGAAAUCUUUCGGUUUGAAGGCGAUUCUCUCUUCCACCUGAAAACCAUCACUCAUGAGCUGCUUUCCAGUGUGAAUGACAUCGUGGUUCUAGGACCAGAACAAUUCUAUGCCACCAAUGACCACUAUUUCACCAAUCACUUCUUAGCACAACUGGAGCCGUUCUUGGACUUACACUGGACCAAUGUGAUUUAUUACAGUCCUGGAGAAGUCAAAGAGGUGGCCAAUGGGUUUAGCCUUGCUAACGGAAUCACUAUCUCCCCAGACAAGAAGUAUGUCUAUGUAGCUUCAUUGACCUCUCAGAGCAUCCACAUUAUGAAAAGACAUGACAACUGGAACCUGACUCAAGAGAAGGUUCUCCAUUUGGGCACAUUAGUUGAUAACUUAUCUGUUGAUCCUGCCACGGGCGACGUUUGGGCAGGAUGUCACCCCCAUGGCUUGAAGGUGCUGAUGUAUGACCCUGCAGACCCCCCGGGAUCAGAGGUGCUUCGCAUCCAGAACAUUCUCUCCCAGAAGCCAAUCAUGACCAUGGUCUAUGCCAACAAUGGCUCCGUCCUCCAGGGGAGCACAGUUGCUGCUGUGUACAAACAAAAAAUGGUGGUAGGUACAGUGCUCCAUAAAGCAUUGUACUGUGAAUUGUAAACUAGCCUCUCGGAGCCAGUACUCCUUGCUGGGUAAACCAAAGAAAAGAAUGGCCUGGCCUUCCAGCACAGAGCAGUAAAUAAAAACAAACACAGAAAACC